CGGCUUCGGGGGCAGCGUCGCUUUUACGGUGUGAGGGGGUGGGCUGCGCUUGGUCGGAAGUGGCUGAAGUAGGUUCAGAGCUUGCUUGAUCAGUGCCCGAGAGUGUUUGCACUGAUGCGUCUGUGACACCAGGAACCGGUACUCUGCCCUCUCUGGCUGUGCUUGGAGCCUUUUCUUGAGGAAUCCUUGCAGGAAGAUGAGUGCCGUCGGCUUGCAGGAUGAUGAAGAUACCUUCAAGAUAUUGAUUGCUACUGAUAUUCAUCUUGGCUAUUUGGAGAAGGACCCAGUGCGUGGCAAUGACACGUUUGUAACUUUUAAUGAAAUUUUGGAGCAUGCUCAAAAAAAUGAAGUGGACUUUGUUUUAUUAGGUGGGGACCUCUUUCAUGAAAACAAACCUUCCAGAAAAACAAUACAUACUUGUUUGGAGUCACUAAGAAAAUACUGCAUGGGGGAUCGUCCUGUUCACUUUGAAGUUCUGAGUGAUCAGGCAGUUAAUUUUCAGUUCAGCAAGUUUCCAUGGGUGAACUACCAGGAUGAAAAUCUCAACAUUUCUUUGCCAAUUUUUAGUAUUCAUGGCAAUCAUGAUGAUCCCACAGGGGUGGAUGCACUGUGUGCACUGGAUAUUUUAAGCUGUGCAGGAUUGCUGAAUCAUUUUGGACGUUCAACUUCUGUGGAGAAAAUAGAUAUUAGCCCCAUUUUAUUACGUAAGGGUAGAACAAAAAUUGCUCUGUAUGGCUUAGGGGCCAUUCCAGAUGAGAGGUUGUAUCGUAUGUUUGUCAAUAAACAAGUAACCAUGCUGAGACCAAAGGAGGAUGAAGACAGUUGGUUUAACUUGUUUGUGAUUCAUCAGAAUAGAAGCAAACACGGAGCCACAAACUACAUUCCAGAGCAGUUUUUAGAUGACUUUAUUAAUCUUGUUGUGUGGGGUCACGAACACGAGUGUAAAAUAACUCCAGCCCAAAAUGAACAGCAGCAUUUCUAUGUUACUCAGCCAGGAAGUUCAGUGGUGACGUCUCUGUCCCCAGGAGAAGCUGCAAAGAAGCAUGUUGGUUUGUUGCGUGUUAAAGGAAAAAAAAUGAAAAUGCAGAGGAUUGCUUUAGAGACCGUACGAACUUUCUAUAUGGAAGAUGUUGUCCUGGCUGAUCACUCGGAACUGUUUAAUCCUGACAAUCCUAAAGUAACUCAGGCAAUACAAGCAUUCUGCAUGGAAAAGGUUGAAAUGAUGCUGGAUAAUGCAGAAAGAGAACGCCUUGGAAAUCCACGCCAGCCAGAGAAGCCUCUCAUUAGAUUACGAGUUGAUUACACAGGUGGCUUUGAGCCAUUCAUCAUCCAUCGUUUCAGCCAGAAGUACAUGGAUAGGGUGGCCAACCCAAAGGACAUCAUACAUUUUUUCAGACAUCGUGAACAAAAAGAGAAAAAUGACAAUGAUCUUAAUUUUGGAAAGCUGUUUAGCAGACCUGCUUCUGAGGGGGUGACACUGAGAGUGGAAGACCUCGUAAAGCAGUAUUUUCAGACAGCAGAGAAGAAAGUACAACUUUCACUCCUAACUGAAAGAGGAAUGGGAGAAGCAGUGCAGGAGUUUGUGGACAAAGAAGAAAAAGAUGCCAUAGAGGAGCUGGUGAAGUUUCAGCUAGAGAAAACACAAAGAUUUCUUAAGGAGCGUCACAUUGAUGCGGAGGAAGUAAAAAUAGAUGAGGAGGUGCGAAAAUUUAGAGAGAGUAGAAGAGAAAACACUGAAGAGGAGGAUGAGGAAGUUCGAGAGGCAAUGACGAGGGCUAGAGCUCACAGGUCCAAGGAUGUGGUUCUUGACUCAGCCUCCAGUGAUGAAGAACUUAUGGAUACAGGGAUGAAAGCCUCUGGUGAUUCAGAUGAUGACAUUCCCACAACACUGAGCCGAGGAAGGGGUAGAGGAAGGGCAAGAGGUGCAAGAGGGCAAAAUUCAACAGCAAGAGGGUCAUCUCGAAGGGGAAGAGGAAACACUAGCCAAGGGUCAUCUACUAGCAGCAGAACAUACAAGUCUGUGCCUGACAAGAAUUUGUCUAUCAUGGAUGCCUUUAGGUCUUUGAAACCAGAGAAUUCCCAGAGUGCAUCUAAGUUUUUCUCUGAGGAUAUUAUAGAUGAUGAAUUGGAUCUAGAAGAGUCUCAUAUUAGUCUUUCCUCCAAAACAAACCAAAGAUUCUCAGCUAUGUCUUUUUUUGGUAAAAGAGGUUCACAAAGCCAAACAUCCAGAGGAGUUGAUUUUGAGUCAGAUGAGGAUGACCCGUUCAAAAACACUGCAGCAUCACGAAGAAAGAAAUGAGCUCUGCCUCGCUGCACAGAAGAGACUGUGGAGUAAAUGGAAAGCAGUUUGCAAGGCAUACUCUGCAUGACGUUUCUCUGUAUGUGGUAGUUUGCCUGCAGCCUUCACUUCUAUGAAAUGUUUUCAGUGGCACCAAAUUUAGUAUUACUAGGUUUUACAAAUGGUGCAUGUAGGUACGAGUGCAUACUUGGGCAGCAAGACAUUUGUUUUCAGUUUUCUACAGUUACAGUUGAAAACUCUGUAAGAGUAAUAAUUUAAUUAAAAAAUGCUGAUUUCAGUAAUAAAGCUGGAAAGUAUCUUGGAAAGUAACUACCUUGUUAGUAGGAUUUAAGAGCUAGAACCUUACAGCUUCAUGAGGAAUGCUGACUGAAGAGUACAGCAAUGAGCUUGUAACAAACAUGCCAUUGCCUCUUACCAUUUCCUUAGCUAACAUUUCCAGGUGUCUACUGCCAUGCUCUUCCUAAAAUGUCAUCACCAUUUUUCAAAAGAUUUCUUCAUGAGGUUUUUAAAAUAUGGUGCUUGAUUCACAGUGGGAGAAGCACUCCUGUUGAGGGAUCCAAGACCCAUCUCUCCUUCCCCUUCUCCUCCUCUGUGCCCCACUCUGCAGAAGGUGGUGUUCUACAGCGGCAGCCUUUAGAAUUAGCUGAGGGAAAAGCUGGAAGUGAUCACCAGCUUACACCCCAACGUGUCUGAGAAACACCAAAUGAGUGAUGGAAGCCAUGCUUGUGCAUUUGUGUCCUCUGUCGGAGGGAUUGGGCCUUUAUGGUGUUCUGGCUCUCACUAAACAUGCCUGUUACUUCGUGUGCUGUAGAGCAGACCUAAAUGACCCUUGGGCUUCCUGAGGACUUCAUAGAAACAAUCAGGUCUGUCAAAUUUCUAAUGUAAUGCUCAGGAGCAAUUUGCAGAGAAGUGCUAUUGCUUGAGACAUCAGGAGAUAAUUUGGUGUGUCUUUAUUUUCAUAAAGAGCUGUCACAGCUAUCAUAAUGUUACCUAUGCAAAUAAAAAGCUGUUGUAAAUGCCCUCCAGGAUAAAGGUUUACUUUUUUUUUUUUUUUAAAUAAAGCAUUUCUGUUUAACAAAUUC